AAAAAGGUGUGUCUUUCUCAUUUGUUUCAUGUUUCACUUGCACACAUAUCUCCUCAUCCUUUUUGUUUUGAUAUCACCGCCAACACUUUCCAACAUAUUCCAGAAACCAGAAUGGAGACAUGGUUCAUCGUCUUAUUUUCUGUAUGUGUGUGUUGGUUGAUCAAAGCCACCCUCUCCAUCACUACUAAGAGUGUAAGCCUCCCUCCUGGCCCUCCACACAUACCUAUCAUCACACCCCUCUUAUGGCUUAGAAAAUCAUUCACCCAAACCCAACUUGUACCCUUUCUUCGAACCCUACAUGCAAAACAUGGUCCAAUAAUUAGUCUUCAAAUCAUUUUCCGUCGAAUCGUAUUCAUUUCUGAUCGAUCCCUUGCCCACCAUGCCCUAAUCCAAAAUUCAUCUGUUUUCUCUGACCGCCCUAUACCACUUCCUAAUAUCAACCUCAUUUCAAGUAAUCAACACACCAUCAACACUGCUUCUUAUGGAGCUACAUGGCGUACCCUACGUCGUAACCUUGCCGCUGAGAUGCUUCACCCAUCUCGUGCCAAGUCCUUCUCCGAAAUUCGCAAGUGGGUCUUGCAAACCCUCCUCGACCGUCUUAAAUUAUCUUCAGAAUCCACUGAUUCGAUCAAAGUUGUUGACCACCUUCAAUAUGCAAUGUUUUGCUUACUCGUUUUUAUGUGUUUUGGUGAACGAGUUAAUGAUGAUAAAAUCAGCGACAUCGAACUUGUACAAAGGGCACUUCUGAUAGGUCUCAACAAAUUCAACAUUUUGAAUAUCUUUCCCAAAGUGACUCGGAUUUUAUUCCGUAAACGAUGGGAGGAAUUGUUGAAGUUGCGAAAAGAUCAAGAAGAUGUUCUACUUCCGCUAAUAAGAGCGAGGAAGGAAGCCAAGGAAAGGAGAUUGAGCAAAAACAAUGUUGUUUCCUAUGCAGAUACUCUUUUGGAAUUGGAGUUGCCCGAGGAGAAACGCAAGCUGAGUGAAGAUGAAAUGGUCAGCCUUUGUUCAGAGUUUUUGAAUGCUGGCACAGACACGACCUCCACGGCGCUCCAGUGGAUCAUGGCUAAUUUGGUGAAGUAUCCACAUGUGCAAGACAAAAUUGUGGAGGAGAUUAGAGAUCAGGUGAUUGGCGCUGAUCGAAAUGAAGAGAAUAAGGAAAUUAAAGAGGAAGACUUGCAGAACCUACCAUAUCUAAAGUGUGUGAUUUUGGAAGGGCUGAGGUGUCACCCACCGGGGCACUUUGUGUUGCCCCAUGCGGUGAAGGAGGAUGUGGUUUUCGACGGUUACUUGCUGCCUAAAAAUGUGGUAGUGAAUUUCAUGGUGGCAGACAUAGGGAGGGACCCUAGUGUUUGGGAAGAUCCAUUGGAGUUUAAACCAGAAAGGUUUUUGAAGGAUGAGGCUUUUGAUAUUACCGGGACUAAAGAGAUAAAGAUGAUGCCGUUUGGAGUUGGGAGGAGAAUUUGUCCUGGAUAUAAUUUAGCUUUGCUCCAUUUGGAAUACUUUGUGGCUAAUUUGGUCUGGAAUUUUAAUUGGAAGAUUCUAGAGGGAGCUGGUUAUGUUGAUUUGUCGGAAAAAACUGAAUUCACCGUGGUUAUGAAAAAUCCACUGCAAGUUCAUAUUUCUCCUAGGAUCUAAAUUAUGUGAUAUGUGUACCUGUACUCUUUGAGCAGGUAUAUAUAUAAUAAUAACAUUUUGAUUCAGUUGUUAGUCCAAGUAAAAUUAAUGUUUGAUGUUUUUUCAAUGUUGUGCAAAACCUACCAGAGCACGCGCUCUGCCUUGCCAAUACUAGUGUAUUCAAGAUUAUGUGCCAUUACCUGCUUCCAUGUGAUUUCUUGGUUCAAAGUAGGUAAAUGAGGAGUUUGAAAAAUAAAAUAAAAAA